AAGGACGAGACGGCGGCGUCGGGGCUUUGGGGGCCGCGGAGCUCGAGACGCGAGACCUGAUGAAAACUGUAAUCCUGGCUAGCAGGCGCGUCUGCUGGACAGCGCAGCGCAUUCUGGGAGUCAUGGUCCCGGCGAGCGGGCGCGCAGGCGGCCUAGCCUAGGAGGCGCCUCCAAGAGCACUCCCGGAAGUGGCCGCAGCUGCGCGGGUGAGGGGGUUGCUCGGGGUGCGGUCCGCUGGAGUCGCGGCGGGAGAGGAAAGCGCCAGGCCCCGAAGCCCGCGGCGGCCUGAGCCAGACGGGCGGGCCCUACUCGCCGACGGGGGCUUGAAGCGCUAACCACCAGCGGCGCGGCUGGAGGACCGACUGACUGACGCACGGACCGAGUGUGGAACUCCCUGUCGGAUGUGGGAGCCGCUGACUGGGACGCAGCCUGCCUGUGGGCUCCGGCAGCGGCCACAUCGCGGGCGUGCGUUUCUGACUGUUGGAGUUAUUUGACAACCCGUAGCAGGGUUUAUGGAUAUGUCCCCCAGCACCUGUGGACUUAAGUCUGGCAGUCAACAGAUUGGUUGUUUACCACAUGUUUGCUGUGUGCCAGACCUGUACUGGACAUCUGUCAUGGAUCACCUUGGGUAACCUCACAGCAGCUCUCUGAGAUCCAAUUCCAACACUCCAACCAACCUGUGCCUCACUUUUUUGCUGCUGCUUCAUGGCCAUGCCCAAGAGCCCUCUGAGCCCAGUGCUCUGGGAACAAGAUGGCUUUCUACAUGUGAAGGUGGAGGAUGAGGAGGCCAGCCUCUCUGAGAUCCAGGAAUCUAGCCUUGGCCACACUGCCCACCCUGAGACUGCACGUCUUCGCUUCCGGCACUUCUGCUAUGAAGAGGCAUCCAACCCACAUGAGGCCCUGGCCCAGCUCCGUGAACUCUGCCACCAGUGGCUGCAGCCUGAAGCACACUCCAAGGAGCAAAUGCUGGAGCUGUUGGUGUUGGAGCAGUUCCUGGGCGCACUGCCCCCCAAGAUCCAGUCCUGGGUGGGUGCCCAGCUCCCCAAGAGUGGUGAGGAGGCUGCCAUGCUGGUGGAAGGUCUGACUCAGGCAUUCGACAAGAGAGGAUGGGACCUGGGAGCCAAGCUCUCAGAGGCAAGCUGCAAGCAGAGUGAUUUGGAAGAGUCAGAGUCAUUAAACAGGGCCACUGAAACCCUCAUGAGAGGUGUUACCCUGGGACUCACCUAUAGUGAUGCUUGUGAACCUGAGGGCAGCUCAGAGAGGCAGGCAGGACUCUCAGGGGAAAUCUGGACAAAGUCUGUCCCCCAAGAGAUGGAUUUCAGGAAAACUUCAGAGCCUCACAAGGAUGUUCCCACAGACCAACCUAGCUGUGAAUCUGGUGCCUUGGGGAAUAGUCCCAAUGUGUGGCCAAAUUUCACCUCACAAGAUAAGACACCAGAAGAGAAAUUUGAUCCACUGGAUGGCGAUAGGACAGAGCCUCCAUACAUAUACUCAGGGAGGAAGUCUUCCAAGUGUGGUGAAUGUGGGAAAACAUUCCAGAACUCCUCAGCCCUUGAGACACACCAGAAGAGCCAUUCUCGGAAGACACCCUAUACUUGUAGUGAGUGUGGGAAAGCCUUCAGCCGGAGCACUCACUUGACCCAGCAUCAAGUCAUCCACACAGGGGCAAAGCCCCAUGAGUGUAAAGAGUGUGGGAAGGCCUUUAGCCGAGUCACCCACCUAACUCAGCACCAGAGGAUCCACACUGGAGAAAAACCCUACAAGUGUGAGGAAUGUGGCAAAACUUUCAGCCGCAGUACUCAUCUCACUCAGCACCAGCGAGUGCACACAGGGGAGAGGCCCUAUGAGUGUGAUGAGUGUGGGAAGGCCUUCAGUCAGAGCACCCAUCUGACUCAGCAUCAGCGCAUCCACACUGGGGAGAAGCCCUACAAGUGUGAUGCUUGUGGGAGAGCCUUCAGUGACUGCUCAGCUCUGAUCCGCCACCUGAGAAUCCAUUCUGGAGAGAAACCAUAUCAGUGUAAGAUUUGUCCGAAGGCCUUUGCACAGAGCUCCUCCCUCAUUGAGCACCAGAGGAUCCACACAGGAGAGAAGCCGUACAAAUGCAGCGACUGUGGGAAAGCCUUUAGCCGCAGCUCGGCCCUCAUGGUUCACUUGAGGAUCCACAUCACAGUGCUGCAGUAACCAAAGAAAGCCCUUGGGACCCAGAAUAACAACUUCCCCUCAGAGGCUCAACAUCUAAGAGAAACCCUAAAUUCCAAAGAACAAAGAAUGGGAUGGGUGAUUGAUAGUACCCUAAAAUGAUAAGGUGCUUAAGGGCAGACUCUGGGGCUGUCUGGAAACAACUCUGCUUUUGGAGACCCAGAUGGAGGUGCCUGAUGAAUACAAAGCUAUUCAGGUCAGCUGAAGAAGUAAGCUUCCAGAAGGAUCCUGCUUCUCUUCAUACCCCAUUCAGGUCCAUCAGAGAAGGGACAGCUGAGCUGAGAACUUGUAUUGGUCUUCAGAGCCAGGGCAAUUAGGAUGAAGUUUCUUUUGGGACUCAGUGGUCCCAAGAUGCUCUGAGCAGACAAGCUCCAGCUUCAUGUUCCCAUGUAGCUGCUCUUCUUGCCUUUUCCUCUUUUGUUUAACCCAGGAGGGAUGCUGGCCCAUGCCCACCUCUGUGCCUUCACACAUACUCUUUUACUCCACCUAUUCAUGUCUAACUCCAAGGCCAACCUGUGAGGCAGCCUGUUCUGUGAUGCCUUCUCCAGGCCCUCAGUCUCUCUCCCAUUCUCCGUUAAUCGAGGGUACAGCAUGAUAUUUGCCCAGCAUCUGUUUCUCCUUGCCCUCUCCAAUAUCCCACCAGUCAUCAGCCCUGUUGGUUUUAUCAAAAAUUCACCUCUAAUCUGUUUUCUCUGCCAUUUUCACUUCUUUGAGCUCUCAUCUCCUCUCGUCUGGAUUACAGCUGGAGUCUCCUACCUUCAUUCUCUCCCCUGACUUCCUUCACUGUUUCAUUCUCCACACCAGCCUCCAGGGGGUUCUUUCUGUAAUCCAAACCUGAUUGUGUCACUCCGUCAUGGAAAGCUCUCCAUUGCAUCACCUUCGGUGGCAAAGCUUCCUGAACGAUUACAAGUAUGCAGAGACAUAAGUCUUUCUGAGCCCCAAACAACCUCUCCAGCUAUAGGUGCAUGUGAAUAUUGUCAUUUUGCUGUGUGUGCAGUUAUGUGAAAGUAGUUUCAAAAUACUGUCCUUUAGGAUAUAUGUCAAACUCUUUCACCUGCCAUUCACGAUCAGCCUCAUCUACUGUAGUAGCCCCCACCUUCUACACACCAGCCAUGUGGAAUACUUGUGGUUCUUAAAGAAGCCAUAUUUUUCCUACCCAUGUGCCUCUGUACCUGUACCUGGAAACCUCCUCUCUCCCCCCACAACUCAGAUGUUUCACAUCUCUCUCUCUAACAAAGCCUUCUCUGCCUCCUUGAGCAGACAUCAACUUGCCUUCUCUGCUUUCAGAGCACCUCCUUAACUUCUCUUUAACUGCCUACCAUGUUGUAUUUACUCCUUGAAGAGCUUGAAGUCUGUGUUUCUCAAAGACACUGUGAGCUUCCAAGAGCAGGGGCCAUGUCUUACUCUCAGUAUCCAUAGCAUAGGAUACAAUAGGCUCUGACCAAUGUCUGUUGAAUGAAUAUACUGGGACUGGUGCCUUCCUGGAGGCAGUCACCAUGGUCCACUCUGGAACCUAAUAUAUGUCUUUGCUGUCUCCUCAGCACCAUGCAGGACAAGAACAAUCUGAUUUUCCCAGAGCCCCAGCACCCAGACAAGCCUGGCAUACCAUGGCCUCAAUAAAAUGUUACGGUAUUUUAAGUCUACCCUUUCUCUCGCCCCAGAAUCCCCCUGGACUCAGUGGUUGCCAACAUGCUGUUAGUGCUCUCUCUCUGCUCUCUCUGGCCUUUUCUCACAGUUCUAUAUCCUCUUUCAGGGUCCAUGUCUGUAACUAGAUGUCACAGCCUCUGUUCUUAACUGUCAGGGUGUUAGUCUUCAUCUCUUUCUCUGAUGAUCCCCACCAUGUGUUAACCAUUUGAUCUGCCAUAUGGUUUUGUACUGUUCAUCGUCACCAUCUCUCCCUAUGUUUCACCGUGUGUCUUGGACUUGUUCCCUCCAUGUCACAAGUAAACAGUCACACAGACCAACCAAGGAGUGAGGUUCAGAACAGGAAGGCUGAGACCCAGGGAAACAGAAAUCUUGUGCCAGUAUCUGAGAGAGUCCCCGAUACACCUACACACAGGCAGACUGCCAGGUAUAAUGAGACAGGCUGAGAGACUCAGAGAAUGUUGACAGAUGUAGGGAAAAGCUCAGAGAUGGUAGAUAUACAUUCCUAGUGAAAUGAUCACACAGGCCUCCAACAAACCUGCAGGCAGUGGAAAAGAUGUGGGCCUAAAGUUAGGCUACAGAGCCCCACUCCUCCCCAAGGCUGCUUUUGGGACUUGGAUAAGUGACUUCCCUGAACUUCAGUGACCUGCUCUUCUGUAAAGCAUGAAUAAGAUGACCUGACUUGUGCAGCAGCCAAACCAAGGCCUGGCCACCAGCUUGUAGCAUCAAUCUCCACCUCUUUCUGUCCCUGUCUUCCUGCUCUUUGGCACUGAAGAACUGACUCUCCACCCCCUGGCACUCUGAGCAUCUCCAGCACUCUCUUUGUCACGAGAUGUGUCUUCCCAUGUUUAUCUAAAGAGGAAGUCAGGGGGGCAAAGAAUCUUUAUUAAGGAUCUACAUGCAUUGUCCAGUCUGCUAAAUAUUAUGUACAUCAUCUCACAACACUUAGGGCAGGAUGACCAUUCCCACUUUCUAGAGGAAGGGACUUGGGGUUGGAGAAUGUAAGUGGCCAAGUUUAUACUGCCAGAGACUGGAAGCAUUGAGAUUUGAAAACCUAUCCAAAUAUGUCAGCAAUUUCAAUAAGCAUCACUAUAUUCAACAAACCAAGGAAGACAAAUAUUAACAUUGGAUUUCAAAUCCGGAUAUAAUGUUCUUUAGAAUAAACACAUCUAAAGUGGAAAAGUUGAGGGUAAAGUAAUAGAAAAGGAUAUACAAGGCAGACAUGAAUCUGAAGAAAGACAACAGAGCUGUAUUAAUUUUGACAAAGUAGAUAUAGACACAGAAAAGCAUUAGUAGGGUCAUAGAUCACUAUGUUUUUUAUAAAAAGAACAAUUCAUUAAAAGAUGUGAUAGUUUGAAACCAGACAGAAAUGGAUUGAAAUGUGUUGAAAUCAUGGAAAUGGAUAAGACCAUAUGUGUAGUUGGAAAUGCUACCACAUUCUUUGUGAUAACAGAAUAUUUGAAGAAAUAAUUACUAAAACUUUCCAAAUUUGGCAAAAGUUGUCCAUUUACAGGUUUAGAAAGCUCAGUGAACCCCAAACAGCAUAAUCUCAAAGAAACCUAUACCUGCACAUAUCAUAAUCGAACUGAUGAAAACAAAACAUUUAAAAAUUUUGAACAGUCUGUGAAAAACUAAGCAUCAUAUAAAGGUCAAUGCAAAAGAUUAUGGGUUUCUUGUCAGAAAUAUUGGAAGCCAGAAGGCAGAGAAACAACAUGUUUAAAGUGCUGGGGGGAAAAAAACCCUGUCAAUCCAAAAUUGACAUCAGGAAGGAGAGUGAAAUACAGGAUUCCUGGGUGGCUCCGCGGUUUACCACCUGUCGUCAGCCCAGGGCAUAAUCCUGGAGUCCUGGGAUCGAGUCCCACAUCAGGCUCCUUGCAUGGGGCCUGCUUCUGCCUUUGCCUGUGUUUCUGCCUCUCUCUCUCUCUCUCUCUCUCUCUCUCAUGAAUAAAUAAAUAACAUCUUUAAAAAAAAAAAAAAAGGAAGGAGAGCAAAAUUAAAACAUUUUCAAAUGAUGUAAAACUAACAGUCUUUUGCCAGCUGGCUAAAAGCAUUGUUUUGGUGGAAGGAAACUGAUAACAGAAGGAAAAUUGGAACCUUGGUAAUGAAGAAAGAGUAAUACAUUGCAAAUAUUUGAUCUUUAAGAUACAUGAGUGUUUUUAUAAAAAGAUAUACAUGGCUGUUGAAAACAAAAUUUAUAACAGUGGAGUUUUCAGUGUAUGUUGAUAUGUAUAUGACUACAACAUAAAGAGGGGAGAGUAUCAAAAUUCAUUCAGUGAUAUAUUUGAGAUCUGUAUAUUUUAAUGCAUAUACAUUAUGUUUCAAAGAUAUAAAGUUGUCAUAUCACUAGGUUGUACAACUGAAACUAAUGCAAUAUUGUAUGUCAGCUAUACUAAAAAAAAUUGAAAAAUAAAAGGAUGAAGAAAGAUAUAAUCAAGAAA